AUGGGUCCUGUGAACAAUGUUCUUGAAGUUCAACAAAAAUGGCGUUUUCUUUGUGAUUUAGCAGUAGAAAAAUUACAAUGGCCACCAUCAACUGAACGUCUAAGUUCAGCAGCUAUUCGUUCAGGACGACCUUCUACUGGAGCUGCCAUCAAACACGCGCUGGCGAAAACGAUAAAACGUUGGUUAAGAAAACCUACGAAUAUUACAAAACAAAAUCUACCACCAUUUUCACCAAGUGGCGAUAUCAAUGAUGCUGUAUUUCCAAUACCUGAAUAUGUGUUAAAGUAUUUAGAGUCUCAUGUCGAAUCAUUUUCACAAAUGCAAUCUUCUUCAAUGAAACUUCGAUAUACCUUCGAACAUGAUAUCUUUAAACGACCGAUCGAAAAACCAUUUAAACGAACCUUUUUCGGACCGCCUCCCGUAGACAAGGAGCGCACUUACGGUGAAUGUACACAAACAUUAGAGUGUAUUAAUGGUGUGUCACAAGUAUUUUCCAACGAAUCCAUCGCUAUUGAUGAUGAAUCACAGAAACCGGCGCGUUUACCGUUACUACCUGUCGAAAUUCUAUCAAUGAAGAAGACUUUAGUAGCUAAUCGUCGCAAAUUAGAUGAUUCAGAUAUAAAGAAAACGAAGCAAAAAGACAUUACUGAAUACUCUGUGAAAAAAUAUGUAACUCCUACCCGACAAGAACUGCAACCUUAUUUUGAAAAAUUUGCCCAACGCAUGCAAGAAAAUGCUAUUCAAUUUGAAAGAUUAUGUUCGAUGACAGCCGCUAUUACUCCAUAA